UUAUGUUGAUCAAGAGGACCACCUUUUACCUACUUUGACCGUUUAUGAAACUAUUCUGUAUUCUGCGCUUUUACGAUUGCCCCGCGAAAUGAGUUUCGCGGCCAAAAACUUUAGAGUUAUAGAGACGAUGAGUGAAUUGGGAAUUUUGGGAAUUAAAGAUUCUAGGAUAGGUGAUGCCGGUGCAAGAUCAAUUUCUGGCGGAGAAAAGCGUCGUGUGUCAAUUGCUUGUGAAUUAGUCACAUCUCCAUCGAUUUUAUUCCUUGAUGAACCAACUUCUGGAUUAGAUGCAUAUAAUGCAUACAAUGUAGUUGAAUGUCUUGUUACCCUUGCAAGGAAUUAUAAUCGUACAGUUAUUUGUACAAUACAUCAACCGAGAAGUAAUAUUUUUGCUUUAUUUGACCAAUUGGUUUUACUUGCUAAAGGUCAUAUGGUAUAUUCUGGAGAAGCAAAUAAAUGUCAAUCAUACUUUGAAAAUAUUGGACAUAAGUGUCCUCCUGGUUUCAAUAUUGCCGACUAUCUAGUUGAUUUGACCAUGUAUGCGGUCAAACCACCCACUUUUGAUGAUGAAAAUGACGGAAUUUCUUCAACCAUUUCUUCAAAUAUCGCAGCUGAAACACGCCCAAUUUUGAGAAAUCGUGUUUCUAUUCAUGAUAUUCAAGAUUCGGAAUUAUACGAACCAAAUAGGCGAUCAUUACGUCCAUCAGAUCAGCAAGAAUAUAUUGGUGCUUUUGAGUUAAACAAUCGUGAAAAUCAAACUCUAAAUAAUGAUAGCAUUAAUAUUAAUAUGAAUAGCGAUGGAAUGACAGAUCACUUGAGAAUGUUAAUUAUUAGUUAUAAUAGGAGUAUGAUUGCUCUUGGAAUAAAGGAUGAAAUUAAUCGUGCUAUAACGAACGAGCAAAAUCAACCUUUAUUAACUUCAGAUGGAGAAUAUCCCACAGUUAGUUCCCAUCUUCGCGCUUCGUGGUUCACACAGUUUCGUAUUUUGUCGGAUCGUACAUUCAAGAACCUUUAUAGAAAUCCAAUGUUAAUGCUUACACAUUAUUGUAUCAGUGUUUAUCUAGCGCUUCUCUGUGGUUCAUUGUUUUAUAAGGUUACUAAUGAUAUCGCAGGGUUUCAAAAUCGAAUGGGUAUAUUAUUCUUUAUGUGUGCACUUUUUGGAUUCGGAUGCUUGAGCUCCUUGCAUGUUUUUGCAACAGAAAGAAUAUUAUUUGUAAAAGAGCGAGCAAAUGGCUAUUAUGCUCCAAUUACAUAUUUCGCGUCCAAGGUUUUAUUUGAUAUUAUUCCACUUCGUGUAAUACCUCCUAUCCUUAUGGGAGUUAUUAUAUAUCAUAUGGUGGGAUUGGUUAAUGGAACUGCAGAAAUUUUCAAAUUCUUACUUGUACUAGUCUUAUUCAAUCUUACUGCGGCAAGCAUAUGUCUCUGUAUUGGGAUUCUCUUUAAAGAAAUGGGAGUUGCCAGUUUGUUGAGCAGUUUAGUCAUGUUAUUCAGCAUGUUGUUUGGUGGUUUACUUUUGAAUAAAGAUUCAAUUCCAGAAUAUUUGACUUGGUUGAAAGAUCUUUCUUUCUUUAAUUAUGCAUUUGAAGCAUUAAUUGUUAAUGAAGUGGUUUAUUUAACAUUAACCGAAGAAAAAUUUGGAUUACAAAUUGAUGUACCUGGAGCAACUAUUUUAUCAACAUUUGGUUUUGAUGCAUCAGCAUAUUGGACAGAUGUAUUAAAAUUAACUGUAAUGUUUGGUUCAUUUAUAGUAUUAUCAUUUGUUUGUUUGCAAUUUUUUGUAAAAGAAAGACGUUAG